AAAAGUUGUGUAACAUUCAAGUUAGGUCGUUCAUGUCACAACACACUGGUCCAUCUUCUUCUUCACCAAAACCCUAGAAAAUGCAUAUAACUUCAAUUUAGGGUUUCUUCACAGAUUGUAAUUCAUCCGAUUCAAACAAUGCCGGAAAACAAAUCUUUCCACUUCCGUUCCUCCACCGUCAAAAUCCCCCAAUUCCUCCCUAUACACCACCACCGCCACCACCACCACCACCACCGCCACCACCGCCCUCUCUUCGCCGACCUUCACCUCUCCAUCUCGUCAGCAAUCAACAAUUCCAAACACUCACUCACUCAAUUCAUAUCCUCCAUCAACACUCAUCCACUUAUCAACAAACUAAUUACACCUAAAUUAUCACACACUUUCCACACUCUUCACUCCAAAAAACAACCGCCGCUGCUAUGCUCAGCUUCAUUGGCGUUGACGAAGGCUGACGAGGAGGGCGGCGAGUUGACUCAGUCGAGUAAGAGUCACUCAGUGAGUCGGAACGAUGAUGAGCGUGUGCUGAUUAGUGAGGUGUUGGUGAGGAAUAAGGACGGUGAGGAGCUUGAACGGAAGGAUCUGGAAGAAGAGGCGAUUGCGGCAUUGAAACGGUGUCGUCCAAAUUCGGCUUUGACUAUGCGUGAGGUGCAGGAAGAUGUGCAUCGGAUUAUUGGAAGCGGUUAUUUCUGUUCGUGUAUGCCUGUUGCUGUUGAUACUCGUGAUGGCAUCCGUUUGGUGUUUCAGGUAGAACCAAACCAAGAAUUCCAAGGUCUGAUUUGCGAAGGAGCCAACGUUUUGCCGACAAAGUUCGUAGAGGAUAAGUUUCGCGAUGGAUAUGGGAAAAUUGUAAAUAUAAGGCGUUUGGAUGAAGUUAUAAACUCCAUCAAUGGAUGGUAUAUGGAGCGUGGCCUUUUUGGCUUGGUUUCAGGAGUUGAGAUUCUUUCUGGGGGAAUUUUGAGGUUACAAGUGUCGGAAGCAGAGGUUAACAAUAUAUCCAUACGCUUUCUCAACAAAACUGGUGAGCCAACUACGGGUAAAACGAGGCCCGAGACAAUACUUCGCCAACUAAAUACGAAAAAGGGGCAGGUGUAUAGUAUGCUUCAAGCAAAAAGAGAUGUAGAUACAUUGCUAGCAAUGGGUAUUAUGGAGGAUAUUAGCAUUGUCCCCCAGCCUGCUGGAGACUCUGGGAAAGUGGACCUGACAAUUAAUGCGGUUGAACGCGUAAGUGGAGGCAUAUCGGCUGGUGGUGGAAUUUCAAGUGGGAUCACAAGCGGCCCUUUAGCAGGACUAAUCGGGAGUUGCGCAGUUUAUCAUCGAAACCUCUUUGGGAGGAACCAAAAGAUUAAUCUAUCGUUAGAGAGAGGGCAGAUCGACUCCAUCUUCCGGAUCAACUACACUGAUCCAUGGAUCGAAGGAGAUGAUAAACGGACAUCAAGAACAAUAAUGAUACAGAACUCCAGGACACCCGGGACUCUUGUUCACGGGCCUCAUGGAAAUCAACCCAACAACAGCAGCCCUACGAUCACACGGGUUACUUCUGGCAUCGAGUACAGCCGGCCAUUUAGACCAAAGUGGAGUGGGACCGCAGGGCUUAUAUUUCAGCGUGCUGGUGCUCGUGAUGAUAAAGGGAACCCUAUGAUAAGAGACUUCCAUAACUGCCCACUAACUGCAAGUGGUAAUAAUCAUGAUGAUAUGCUACUUGCUAAAGUUGAAAGUGUUUAUACUGGUUCUAGCGACCCUAGUUCUUCAUUGUUUGUAGUUACAAUGGAGCAGGGACUUCCGGUAUGGUCAGAGUGGUUAGUAUUCAAUAGAGUUACUGGUCGUGCGCGAAAAGGGCUUGUGAUUGGUCCUGCUCGCUUUAAUUUAAGUUUAUCAGGUGGUCAUGUUGUGGGUAACUUCCCUCCUCAUGAAGCAUUCCCGAUUGGCGGAACAAACAGCGUUAGAGGUUAUGAAGAAGGGGAUAUUGGGUCAGGAAGAUCUUACGGUGUUGGUUGUGGAGAAAUAUCUUUCCCUCUGGUGGGGCCAGUAGAAGGAGUUAUGUUUGCUGACUAUGGAACGGAUCUUGGAUCAGGCUCAAGCGUUCCUGGUGAUCCAGCUGGACCAAGGUCAAAGCCCGGAAGUGGAUACGGUUACGGGGUUGGUGUGCGUGUAGCAUCGCCUUUAGGGCCUCUUAGACUCGAGUACGCUUUCAGUGACAAGGGAAAAGGAAGGUUUCACUUUGGCGUCGGCCAACGAAAUUGAGUUCAUCUGAAUCUAAAUAAAGAUUUUCCUCUUCAAAUUUUGAUCAUAUUAUUGUUCCUUUUUUCUAUAACAAAAUGUGUGAAAAUUUAACAGAAAUAUUAUGAUAUAUUUUUAGUGUUAGUUGAAUAGUUGGUUGUGCAAUAUAUAAGUCACUGUAAUACUCCA